AUGAGCCGCAUCGAGCCCGACCAAUACAUCAAUGACCGCUACCAGGCGAUCGAGGACCGCCUACAGGUCGUCCGCAAGCGCCUGAACAGGCCUCUGACCUUUGCGGAGAAGGUGGUGUACGGCCACCUGGACGACCCAGAGGGGCAGGAGAUCAAGCGCGGCGUGUCGUACCUCAACCUGCGCCCCGACCGCGUGGCGAUGCAGGACGCCACCGCCCAGAUGGCGGUGCUGCAGUUCAUCGCCUCGGGCCUGCCCCAGACCGCCGUGCCCUCCACUAUCCACUGCGACCACCUGAUCGAG